GACCUGAGCCACCUCCUGGCCAUGAUCCUGCUGCUGGGGAAGAUCUGGAGGUCCAAGAGCUGCGCGGGCAUCUCUGGGAAGAGCCAGAUCCUUUUCGCGCUCGUCUUCACUACCAGGUACCUGGACCUGUUCACCAACUUCAUCUCCAUCUACAACACAGUCAUGAAGCUGGUUUUUCUCCUCUGCGCCUAUGUCACAGUGUACAUGAUCUAUGGAAAAUUUCGGAAAACGUUUGACAGUGAGAAUGACACGUUCCGCCUGGAGUUUCUUCUGGUCCCAGUCAUUGGCCUCUCCUUCCUUGAGAACUAUAGUUUCACUCCCCUGGAGAUCCUCUGGACUUUCUCCAUCUACCUGGAAUCGGUGGCCAUCCUGCCCCAGCUCUUCAUGAUCAGCAAGACUGGAGAGGCUGAGACCAUUACUACCCACUACCUGUUCUUUCUGGGCCUGUACCGGGCACUCUACCUGGCUAACUGGAUCAGGCGGUACCAGACUGAGGGUUUCUAUGACCAAAUUGCAGUGGUGUCUGGAGUGGUACAAACCAUCUUCUACUGUGACUUCUUCUACUUGUAUGUGACCAAAGUCCUUAAAGGAAAGAAGUUAAGUCUUCCAAUGCCAAUUUGAGGGCCCUCAAAGAACAAGGAUAUGAAGCCAACUAUUUGAGAUGUUCUACCGAGCAACUUAAUACAGGACUCAGACCAAAUGUUAAAAUUAAAGCCAGAAAACUGCUCAGUGUGCAUGGAUUUCAGCAAAGCACUGAUCAUUCUAUCUAGAAGACCUCAUCAAUAAUACCUCCCUUACAGAGGUAACAAAACACUUGGGCCAAUUACAUAAAAAUGGUGCCAUACAAUGUCAACAGGAAUAUCAAACCUUAGUUGGCCAACUCACAAAUGGGUCAAAUAAACUACAGCCUCUAAGGCCCUCGUGUGAGGCAUGCUACGGCAAUCCCAAUCUGGAAAGAUGUCCCUCUGAGUACAAAGCACCAAAUUUACAAGCUCUGGCAAGACUUAGUUUCAUGCUCACCUUUAAAAUCAACUCAGGUCUUACUGUGGCUCAUUGUAGUUCCACACUCAGCAUACUUUAACCCAGUUACAAUCUUAGGUCAGUACUGUUAGCAUGAUGACCAUUUACUGAUGAGGAAACAUACCCAAGCCCUUUUACCCUACUAGGUCUUGUUUUUUGCUUUGUGACUCAAAUUUGCAUUAACACCAAUCAAUCCCACCUCCCUCUCACAUUUUUAGGUGCUAAUAACUAAGGCAAUUUCCACCCCCAACCCGUCUUGAAGCAAAUAAAAAAAUGUUAAGAGGACCACCAUUGGCUAUAGUCACAAUUUUUAAGUAAUAAAAAGCUCACACUUUAUUGUCAACAGUGUUUAUUUAUACCUACAAAAGAAAACAAGAUGGUAUCAAAAGGACAAUUUACAAACUAAGAAUAGUAACAUAGCUCUUAGCAUCCUGUGCCUGGACAUCACACAUCUACAAUCUUUCAAGUCUUAACGCAACAGGAAUGUGUUCAGAGACCAGCAAGGACAUGAAUAGAGAGCACUGAUCCCAAGCAAAAGCCACCAACCUUUGAGAUGACAGAACUCCACACAAUGAAUUGUUGAGGGAUUGGGGAGAAGCAGCCCCAUAGCUUAAUGUUGAAAUCCUUUCCCUAAGUGAGUUUAACCAUGACCGCAUACCUAGCAUCAAAUGAGAUCCUUUUGCCUGUGCUCUGAAGCUAAGGCUGACCCUGAAUUGUGAGCGUCAGGCAUAGAGGCAGAAGGUUACUCUAGAUUACAGGAACAACCCUGCUAGGUUCCAGCUGUGCUCAGGCCACAACAGCUUUUGGGAUUUGGAACAUGCUAUUUUGACUAUAUGAUUACAAUAUCCCUGGUGGAAAGAAGGGAGUCAAGCAACAGACAAACUAUUUAUUGCUUGCUUGCCCAGAGACCUUUCCUAAAAAGGGACGCUUCUCAGACCUGCAAGUGAGUAUGACAGCCCCUCUGGUGGCACCUGUUUUGAAAAAAAAAAAUCAGAAUUCUCAUGUAGAAAUACCUACAAUCGACUGGUCAGUGCUUAAACAAACAAAAACAUUUUUUUUAGGAGGGCAAGAAGAAAACACUUUGGUUUAAAAGAACAGAGCAGUUUUGCCAUGUUUCUCCUGUGCCUACUACCCUCUUUCGGCCUCAACUUCUAUUAAGGGGGGAAAAAAGAAGUUAAGAAAAAAGAAAGGAGUAGGGGAGAGGUGUAGGGGUGGGCAAAGAUCUCACAUGCAUAUAUUUCAACUUAUGCUCACAACCUACCUGUAUGUUGUAUAUUCAACCAUACUUUCAGAACCUCUCAGAAACAAACCCUUCUCUCUCCCUUAAUUUCAAAAGGAAAACAAAAAACCUCAAGUAUUUAGAUAUUUGGAUCUUACAAAUGAGCACGCACUCAGGCCUUAGCCAAAAAUGCAGUGGCCCCUUCCCCCUUCAACUACACU